CAUUCUAGCAAGGGUAUAAUUGCGUAAUUAGCAGCUAAGAAAGACAACGCUACAUUGUUUCCACGUUUUGGUGUACAUUGUCUCGUAAAAGACUAAUUUUAGGCAAGUUAGCUAAGCUAGAAGCGAGAGUACAAAAAGAUUGAGGCAGUUUAACGUUAGCUCGAGCAGGUUCGCGAGACAGACGCUUUACCAGUCACUCACUGAAAUGUGACAAGACUGUUGCUGACAUCAGAAGGCCACAGGGAGGAUUCUGAAGAGACCCUUAGUAACCCUCCAAUCCAUCGUUAAACUCCCUUUUUAGCGACACAUCCCCAUAAUAAGCCUUCAAUCCUCCAAGUAGAAUUCAUCAACACAGGCACUGUCAAAAACAGCUUCAUCACUGCUGUACCCAAUCAAUGUCUGAUUUCUGCUCCUUUUGCAACACUCCAGUUUCACAUAAGUGGACCUAUAACAAGCCUAACGUUCACCUAUUAACGUUCCACAGACCCGGUACAAUUAGCACUUGACAGACUUGAGAAAUCCAUCUCCAACAAGGCCAUCACGAUUCACAACUCGCUGCACAGUCCCACUAGAACGAAACCUUAGUCCUGUUACUACUGAAAUUAUGCUUCUGCUCCUUGGCCCAACUCUGUUUCUACCAGCCCCUCUUUGAAUCUCAAGAAGUGGCACGGUUAAACAAUGCACUACUGAAAGCUCUUCUGCUGUUUCAGUCUUAAUCUACGCUUGUAGGACAAGGAGCAGGUGCUUCUGAAAGCGUUAAAAGUGCUCUAGAACCAUGUGUGUCCAGUGGGCAGUGUUUACAAUUGGCCUAGUCCACAGGAUGGGUGGACAGUAGGGGGACAGCGAGACAGUGGACUCAUGUCAUGGAAGGGGUUCUUGCAAUCGCAGUACAUACAGAGGGCUUGAAUGGUUUUCCACAAGAAUGUAAACAGACAGAGGACCUAACCAAUGGGCACUCCAAAUGCACAACUAUCCUAAAUGGAUUGUCUCCAGGUAAUUGCAUCAAAGAGAAUGGCAACUUGAAUGGCAACCCUUAUCUCAAAACUGUCCCUAUCUCAGCACUAAAACAGAAUGGACUCUUACAGUCUCUGGCAGCAGGAGGCAAUCAGACUAAAACAGAAGAGGUGAGCUUGGAGGUGGAGCGAGCACAAGAGGAGUGGGAUGCCCUGGAGAGCAUCCAACCAGUUCUUGCUGAGGAUCUCACUCCAUCACCACUGAUCUCCUUCAAUGAGGCUCUGCAGCAUUUUCAGACCACUGAUCUUGGAGACUUGCUUAAGAAUAUUCAGCCCACCAUUCACAGGACUGGAUUGGCUGCCAUCACCCAUUUCCUGUUCGGACCUCCACGGCUACACAAAGACCUUUUAGAAGAGAGAGACUUAGUGUUUGCCAUCGCACAAUGUUCUCUGGAUAAUGGACAGUCAGUGCACAUGCGUGUACUCCAGACCGUCUACAGGAAAUUGACUUGCACUCGAGGAGACUGCCCUCGCUAUGGACCACACUGGGAGAAUGUGGGCUUUCAAGGUUCAGACCCUGCUACAGAUCUAAGGGGAACUGGUUUUCUGGGUCUGAUGCACAUUCUCUACUUCGUCAUGGACCCAGAGAUACUACCACUUGCUAGAGACAUCUACAAACUCUCUCAGCAUCCAGUCCAGAAUUUUCCGUUCAGUGUGAUGUCAAUCAACAUGACCCGAAUCGCUCUCCAUGCUCUUAGAGAGGAAGUGCUGUCCAAGGAGUGUAACCGAAGGCAACAGGUUGUAGCUGUGCUGAAUGAUUUUUAUGUUGCAACAUUCCUGCACCUCUACCAGCUGUGGAAGAACCAGCAGAAAACUAUCUCGGAUUCUGGCCAUGUACUCAAAGAAGUGGAGCUUUUUGCUAAGAAGAACCCCAAGCAGAUUCUCAGACGUCUCGAGGGCUACCUGAAGGAGCGACGUGCUGGGACAGGACACCGGACAUCACCAGACACACUAUCACAUAGCAACCCUUCGCCUUGUGACACUGGGUCUCAAGCAGGGAGUCAAGGCGGGAAGGAGGGGAAAGAGAUCAAUUUCAUCGGAGUGUGUGAGCUGCCACCUGAAAUGGAGGGAGAGGCGAGACUAAUCUGAGAGACAUAGAGGCAUUUGAUUUGUACAGUCUCGACUAUCUCUCAUGCUCUAUCUUGGUCUUUCUCUGUUUCUUUGUUUCCUUUCUGUCCUUUCUUGCUUAAGUACACUCAGAAACAAGUCUAUGUUGUAACUGUAGUUGCUAUAAAACUCUUUACUGUCUUCUGUU